GCUGCCGCGUGGUUAGUGUGUGGGUGACGGACAGGUCUGUGGGCCAACGAGGGGCCCUAGGCGUCCGCAGCCCUGACCAAUGGGGCAGCGCCGGGGCGGGGCCGCGGCUCGGGUUUAAUGAGACUUCAUUGGGCUGUAAUCAGUGUCAUGUCGGAUUCAUGUCAACGACAACAACAGGGGGACACAAAAUGGCGGCGGCUUAGCUCCUACCCCUGGCGGCGGCGGCAGCGGUGGCGGCGGCGGCGGCACCUCCUCCAGGCGGCGGCCGCGGCUUCUUUCUCGGGCAGCGCCGGCGCCCAAAGGCAGGCGCGGUGGCGGCGGCGGUGGCGCGCGGCCAGAUUUGCCUGAAGAUCUGGACAAUCUUCUUUUUUUGUCAUGGACUAUUAAAACCUUUGGAGUUCCAAUUCUGGUCUUGAGUUCCUACUUAAAGAUGUUCUUCGCCCGAACGCAGUCUUUCCUGUUGGUUAAAUAAGACAUCUGCCGACACUGCCUGUUGGUCCUCUUUUAACCUCUUAAGGAUGGAUGUUUGUAAGAUGUUGCUUCCUAUGUUCUGGAGUACUCUGCCCAUUUGUUGAAUUGUAAAUGACUUUUAAACGUGCAAGUUCAGUUAAAUACAAGGAGAAUCUCUAUGGGUAACUUUUGUGUUGAAGAAGUCAUUUGUCAACCAUGGUAAAACUUGCAAACCCACUUUAUACAGAGUGGAUUCUUGAAGCUAUACAGAAAAUAAAAAAGCAGAAGCAAAGGCCCUCGGAAGAGAGAAUCUGCCAUGCGGUCAGUACUUCCCACGGGCUGGAUAAGAAGACGGUCUCCGAGCAGCUGGAGCUCAGCGUUCAGGAUGGCUCCGUCCUCAAAGUCACCAACAAAGGCCUUGCCUCCUACAAGGACCCAGACAACCCUGGGCGCUUCUCCGCGGUCAAACCGGGCACUUUUCCCAAGUCAACCAAGGGGUCUAGAGGAACGUGUAGCGAUCUUCGCAACGUGGAUUGGAACAGACUUCUAAGGAGAGCAAUCGAAGGACUGGAGGAGCCCAGCGGCUCCUCCCUGAAGAACAUAGAGAAGUAUCUCAGAAAUCAGAGCGAUCUCACAGGCACCACCACCAACCCGGCCUUCCAGCAGCGGCUGCGGCUGGGGGCCAAGCGCGCGGUGAACAACGGGAGGUUACUGAAAGACGGGCCGCAGUACAGGGUCAAUUAUGGGAGCUCCGAUGGCAAAGGGGCCCCCAAGUUCCCCAGCGCUUUCCCAUCCUCGCUCCCACCUGUCAGCCUUCUGCCGCAUGAGAAAGACCAGCCCCGUGCUGAUCCCAUUCCAAUAUGUAGCUUCUGUUUGGGGACUAAAGAAUCAAAUCGUGAAAAGAAACCAGAAGAACUCCUUUCUUGUGCAGACUGUGGCAGUAGUGGACACCCAUCCUGUUUGAAAUUUUGUCCCGAACUAACAACAAAUGUAAAGGCCUUAAGGUGGCAGUGCAUCGAAUGCAAGACGUGCAGUGCGUGUAGAAUCCAAGGCAAAAAUGCAGAUAAUAUGCUUUUUUGUGACUCCUGUGAUAGAGGAUUCCAUAUGGAGUGCUGUGACCCCCCACUUUCCAGAAUGCCAAAAGGGAUGUGGAUUUGCCAAGUCUGCAGACCAAAGAAAAAGGGAAGAAAACUACUUCAUGAGAAAGCUGCACAAAUAAAACGUCGAUAUGCAAAACCCAUUGGACGACCGAAAAAUAAAUUAAAGCAACGAUUGUUGUCUGUAACCAGUGAUGAAGGAUCCAUGAAUGCAUUCACAGGAAGGGGGUCACCUGGUAGGGGUCAAAAGACUAAAGUCUGUACCACACCUUCAUCUGGUCAUGCUGCAUCUGGGAAGGACUCAAGCAGCAGAUUGGCUGUCACAGACCCCACUCGGCCUGGUGCCACCACCAAAAUCACCACCACCUCCACCUACAUUUCUGCCUCUACACUUAAAGUUAACAAGAAAACCAAAGGGCUCAUUGAUGGCCUUACUAAGUUUUUUACACCAUCACCUGAUGGUCGCAGAUCACGAGGUGAAAUAAUAGACUUUUCAAAGCACUAUCGUCCAAGGAAAAAGGUCUCUCAGAAACAGUCAUGCACUUCUCAUGUGUUGGCUACAGGUACCACACAAAAGCUAAAACCUCCACCUUCUUCACUUCCACCCCGAGCCCCCAUCUCUGGUCAGAGCCCCAGUUCACAAAAGUCCAGCACGUCCACCUCUUCUACCUCUCCCCAGAGCUCUUCCAGCCAGUCCAGUGUGCCCUCCCUGAGCAGUCUCACUAGUAACAGCCAGCUGAAGGCACUCUUUGAUGGACUCUCUCAUAUCUAUACCACUCAGGGACAGUCUCGAAAGAAGGGACACCCAAGUUAUGCACCGCCCCAGCGCAUGCGUCGUAAAACUGAAUUCUCUUCCACAGCAAAGUCUAAAGCCCAUUUCUUUGGAAAAAGAGAUAUUAGAAGUAGGUUUAUGGCUCACUCCUCCUCCUCUAGCUGGGGGAUGGCUAGAGGACGUAUUUUUAAAGCAAUUGCUCACUUCAAGCGAACAACUUUCCUUAAAAAGCACAGGAUGCUAGGCAGGUUAAAAUAUAAAGUGACCCCUCAGAUGGGGACCCCCUCACCAGGGAAGGGGAGCUUGACAGACGGAAGGAUUAAACCUGAUCAGGAUGAUGAUACUGAAAUCAAAAUAAGCAUCAAACAAGAAAGUACAGAUAUAAGUGUGAUUGGAAACAAGGAAACUGUCACCGAAGAGGACGUGGAUGUGUUUAAGCAGGCCCAGGAGCUCUCUUGGGAGAAAAUAGAGUGUGAGAGUGGAGUGGAAGACUGUGGCCGGUACCCUUCUGUAAUAGAAUUUGGGAAAUAUGAAAUCCAGACCUGGUACUCUUCACCUUACCCACAGGAAUAUGCAAGGUUACCAAAGCUUUACCUGUGUGAGUUCUGUCUUAAAUAUAUGAAAAGUAAAAACAUUUUGUUAAGACACUCCAAGAAAUGUGGAUGGUUUCAUCCUCCAGCAAAUGAAAUUUACCGAAGGAAAGACCUUUCAGUAUUCGAGGUUGAUGGGAAUAUGAGCAAAAUUUAUUGCCAAAACCUUUGCUUGUUAGCCAAGCUCUUCCUGGACCACAAAACGUUGUAUUAUGAUGUCGAGCCAUUCCUUUUUUAUGUUCUUACAAAAAAUGAUGAAAAGGGCUGUCAUCUGGUUGGAUACUUCUCUAAGGAGAAGCUUUGCCAGCAGAAGUAUAAUGUCUCCUGCAUAAUGAUCAUGCCCCAGCACCAGAGGCAAGGAUUUGGACGGUUUCUCAUCGAUUUCAGCUAUUUGCUUUCUAGAAGAGAAGGCCAAGCAGGGUCUCCGGAGAAGCCGCUCUCUGACCUGGGCCGGCUCUCCUACCUGGCCUACUGGAAGAGCGUCAUCUUGGAGUACCUCUUCCGCCACCACGAGAGGCACAUCAGCAUCAAGGCGAUCAGCAGAGCCACGGGCAUGUGCCCGCACGACAUUGCCACCACUCUGCAGCACCUCCGCAUGAUCGACAAGAGGGAUGGCAGAUUUGUUAUCAUUAGAAGAGAAAAGCUGAUACUGGGCCACAUGGAAAAGCUGAAAACCUGUUCCCGGUCCAACGAGCUUGAUCCAGAGAGCCUGAGGUGGACCCCAAUUUCAGUCUCUAACGCCGCGGUCUCUGAAGAAGAGCGAGAAGCUGAGAAAGAGGCUGAGCGGUUGAUGGAACAAGCUACCUGCUGGGAAAAGGAGGAGCAAGAGAUCCUGUCGUCUAGAACUAGCAGUAGGCAAUCACCUGCAAAAGUACAAUCGAAAAAUAAAUAUUUGCAUUCCCCGGAGAGCCGGCCAGUGGCAGGGGACCGAGGGCAGCUGCUGGAGCUGUCCAGAGAGAGCAGUGAAGAAGAGGAGGAGGAAGAGGAAGAGGAGGAGGAAGAGGAGGAAGAGGAGGAGGAGGAGGAGGAGGAAGAAGAAGAGGAAGAAGAAAAUAUUCAAAGCUCUCCUCCAAGAUUAACUAAGCCACAGUCAGUUGCCAUAAAGAGAAAGAGGCCUUUUGUGCUAAAGAAGAAAAGGGGUCGUAAACGCAGGAGGAUCAACAGCAGUGUAACAACUGAGACCAUUUCCGAGACGACGGAAGUGCUGAAUGAGCCCUUUGACAACUCGGACGAGGAGAGGCCGAUGCCGCAGCUGGAGCCUACCUGCGAGGUGGACGCGGAGGAGGACGGCGGGAGGCCGGGCCUGAGGAAGGCCUUCCAGCAUCCGCCUGGCAAGAAGAGGCAGGCAGAGGAAGGGGGCGGAAGAGACAAUCAUUGCUUUAAGAGUGCUGACCCUUUCAGAAACAAAAUGGAUGAUGCAAAUAACUUGAAAGAAGGCAGUAGAGACAAUCCUGAACCUCUAAAGUGCAAACAAGUGUGGCCAAAAGGAUCGAAGCGCGGCCUCUCUAAGUGGCGGCCAAGCAAAGAAAGGAAGACCGGAUUCAAGCUGAACUUGUACACCCCUCCGGAGACGCCCAUGGAGCCGGACGACCAGGUGACGGUGGAGGAGCAGAAGGAGGCGCUGGAGGACAAGAGCAGCCCCAGCCCCACCAGGAUCGAGGAGGACGUCAAGGAGGCUGUGGAACCCCCGCUGCCCCGGGAUGAAGACAGAAAGGAGGACACGUGUGCCCCUGUGAGUCCCAAUAAGUCACCAGGCGAAGCACUGGAGGACGAUCCAAUCAAACCGGAGGAGGAGGAGGAGGAGGAGGAAGAGGAAGAGGAGGAGGAGGAGGAGGAAGAAGAAGAAGGAAAUGUAGAAAAAGACCCAAGUGGUACCAGAAGUCAGGAAAAAGAGGAACCAGAAGCCUGCCCGGACAAAGAGGACCCUGAGCGUCUGGAUGAUCCUGAGGAGGAGGAGGAAGAGGAGGAGCCGUCUCACAACGAGGGUCACGAUGCUGACGAUGAGGACGACAGCCACAUGGAGUCUACGGAGGCUGAGAAGGAGGAGCGCCCCAGGGAAGCUUUCAAAGAAGUGCUGGAAAGCCAGGAGGCUUUUUUAGACCUGAGUGUCCAGGCCGGCCACGCAAACCCGGAGGCCCUAAUGGACUGUGACGUGGACCUCGCCACUGCGUGCCACAGCGAGCCCAAGGAGCUGGCCGCGGACCCCGAAACGGCGCCCGAGUCUGACGAGGAGCCCCCCGACGAGCAGCCACAGAAACAGGACCAAAAGCACAGCGACGACGACGCCGAUCCCGAGUUCAAAGAGGCCAGCGCGGCAGCCAUGGAAAUCGACUCGGAGACCGUGCAGGCCGUGCAGUCUCUGACCCAGGAGAACGGCGAGCAGGAGGACACCUUCCAGGACUGUGCCGAGACCCAGGAGGCCUGCCGGAGCCUGCAGAACUACGCCCGCCCAGACCAAAGCCCGCAGAUCGCUGCCGCGCUGGACGACUGCCAGCAGUCAGACCACAGCAGCCCCGUCUCCUCCGUCCAUUCCCACCCCGGCCAGUCGGUGCGUUCCGUCAGCAGCCCCAGCGUCCCCGCCCUGGAGAACAGCUACGCCCAAAUCAGCCCGGACCAGAGCGCCAUCUCAGUGCCAUCGCUGCAGAACAUGGAAACCAGCCCCAUGAUGGACGUGCCGUCGGUGUCCGACCACUCGCAGCAGGUCGUGGACAGUGGGUUCAGCGACCUGGGCAGCAUCGAGAGCACCACGGAGAACUACGAGAACCCGAGCAGCUACGACUCCACCAUGGGCGGCAGCAUCUGCGGCAACGGCUCCUCGCAGAACAGCUGCUCCUACAGCAGCCUGACCUCCAGCAACCUGACGCAGAGCAGCUGCGCCGUCACCCAGCAGAUGUCCAGCAUGAGCGGGAGCUGCAGCCUGCUGCAGCAGCAGCCCGGCAUCAGCUCGCCCCCCACCUGCAGCGUCAAGUCCCCGCAGGGCUGCGUGGUGGAGCGGCCCCCUAGCGGCAGCCAGCAGCUGGCCCCGUGCAGCAUGGCCGCCAACUUCAGCCCGCCCAUGCAGCUGGCCGACAUCCCCGAGGCCGGCAACGCCAACCUCGGCCUGUACGAGCGGAUGGGCCAGAGCGAUUUCGGGGCCGGGCACUACCCGCAGCCGUCCGCCACCUUCAGCCUCGCCAAACUGCAGCAGUUAACCAACACCCUCAUCGACCAUUCAUUGCCUUACAGCCACUCCGCUGCUGUGACUUCCUAUGCAAACAGUGCCUCUCUGUCCGCUCCGCUCAGCAACACAGGGCUCGUCCAGCUCUCCCAGUCUCCGCACUCCGUCGCCGGGGGACCCCAAGCACAAGCCACCAUGACCCCGCCCCCCAACCUGACCCCUCCUCCGAUGAACCUGCCGCCGCCCCUGCUGCAGCGGAACAUGGCUGCUGCGUCCAACAUCGGCAUCUCCCACAGCCAAAGACUGCAGACCCAGAUCGCCAGCAAGGGCCACGUCUCCAUGAGAACCAAAUCGGCGUCCCUGUCCCCGGCCGCUGCGGCCGCCGCCGCGGCCACCCACCAGCCGCAGAUCUACGGGCGCUCGCAGAGCGUGGCCAUGCAGGGCCCCGCGCGGACCCUGGCCAUGCAGCGCGGCAUGAACAUGAGCGUGAACCUGAUGCCGGCCCCCGCCUACAACGUCAACUCCGUGAACAUGAACAUGAACACGCUCAACGCCAUGAACGGGUACAGCAUGUCCCAGCCGAUGAUGAACAGCGGCUACCACGGCAACCACGGCUACAUGAACCAGACGCCCCAGUACCCGAUGCAGAUGCAGAUGGGCAUGAUGGGGACCCAGCCAUACGCCCAGCAGCCCAUGCAGACCCCGCCCCACGGCAACAUGAUGUACACGGCGCCCGGGCACCACGGCUACAUGAACACGGGCAUGUCCAAGCAGUCUCUCAAUGGGUCCUACAUGAGAAGGUAGGCGACACGGGCAGCCACAGACACCCGCGCCCCCCGGGCGUCACGAUCGGACGGAUCUGCACAAAUACCUUCGAAGAGUACGAUUUCAAAACCAGCAACAUUGGUGUGAAUGCAAAAAUAUUUGUUGGCACCAUGUAUUUAAAAAAAAAAAAAAAAAAAAAAAGCUGUAUGCAGCAGAAAGCCUUAUACAAGUUGUUUUUCUUUUUUUUUUUCUUUUUUUUUUUCCUUUUUCUUUUUCGGUACCUGUUUCCGUUCCUUUUAUACGAAGUUCUCUGCAGAGGAAGGCCUCUCUCUGGACUGCGCCGGAGGCAGCCACGGGCCGUGCCUGCCUCCGUCAAACCGUGUGGAUAUCGAGCCCCGCACUCCCGACGUAUGUUUUACCGCGGAUCCCGCGCUCCCUCUCCUCCCCUGUCCACUCCGUGUAAAUGCCUUUAGCAUUUCCGUUCUUGUAUAUUUUGUUCAAGGUGACACUUCCGCAUGCCGCUACGGUCCUUGUCAGUGACAGUGCAUUUUGUAGUACUGUACAAGUGUUGUGCUAACGGUAAGCCAUUUCUUAAGUUUUUUGCCUUGAUUAGGGUGCCCUAAUUUGAGGGUUUUAAAAACAAACAAACAAACAAAAACUAUAUUUUUGUUAAUUAUAAAACUGUAAAGAGCUAUAAAAGCUAUUACCAUUUGGUUAGUCCAAAAGGGGUUUAUUGCUAAAUGUUUGGUGUAAAGUUGAGACCCUUUUCCAUUUUGGUGACAGAUUUCUUUGGGGGGGGAGGGGGGGAAGAAGGCAGCUUUCUGUUUUAUAAAAUGCAGACUUCUGUUUAUUGAAUGAAGCAUAUCUCAGUGUUUAUCUGUCAGGUUUUGAAACAUUUCAUAUAUGUCCAAAUACUUGGCAGGAUUUAAAAAAAAAAAAAUAGUGAAUUUGGUGUAAAGUUGCUAUUUUAUGGAAAUGCCUCUAACUUUACAUUUUCAUUCCAUCUGUAGAUUUUUCUAUCUUUAUAAAAUAUUGGAGUUAUUUUUUAAGGAAAAAUAGAGAAGUAGCCUGUGAAUAGCUCGAACUAAGCUUACAAACCGCAUGUAAAAAAAAAAAAGCAAAAAAGUUAUUUGUGUCUGUUUAUAUCGCUUCCUUUUUUUGUAGUCUUUGUACCUGUACAGGUGACUGUAAGGGCCAAGCAGGAGAGGCGCAACCCCUUGUAUAAAAUAGCAGCAGCAACACUCUUGGAUUUAUCUGUUCUCUUUUUAGUCAGUCACUUCAAACAAAAACAAAAAACCCACGAAAAAUAAAAAAAAGCUGUACAUUUUAACAUAAAAUAAAUUAUGAUGAGCCAUUUUUA